GGCAGUUUUCCGUCAUGGACUGGCAACCAGAUGAACAGGGUCUCCAGCAAGUUCUUCAGUUACUCAAAGAUUCCCAGUCUCCAAACACAGCAACCCAGCGUAUUGUGCAAGAUAAACUGAAACAGCUCAACCAGUUCCCUGAUUUCAAUAACUAUUUGAUAUUUGUUCUGACACGACUGAAAUCUGAGGAUGAACCUACCCGUUCUCUGAGUGGCUUGAUCCUGAAGAACAAUGUGAAAGCUCACUAUCAGAGUUUUCCCCAGCCUGUUGCUGAAUUUAUUAAGCAAGAGUGUCUUAAUAACAUAGGGGAUGCUUCUUCUCUUAUAAGAGCUACAAUUGGUAUUCUUAUAACAACAAUUGCUUCCAAAGGAGAACUGCAGAUGUGGCCAGAGCUUCUGCCCCAACUCUGCAAUUUACUUAAUUCUGAAGAUUACAACACAUGUGAAGGGGCAUUUGGUGCCUUACAGAAGAUCUGUGAAGAUUCUGCUGAGCUCCUGGACAGCGAUGCCCUCAAUCGGCCUCUUAAUGUCAUGAUCCCAAAGUUCCUUCAGUUCUUCAAGCACUGCAGCCCCAAAAUUAGGUCACAUGCUAUUGCUUGUGUCAACCAGUUCAUCAUGGAGAGGGCCCAGGCCUUGAUGGAUAACAUCGAUACAUUUAUCGAGCACUUAUUUGCCUUGGCAGUAGAUGAAGAUCCUGAGGUUCGAAAGAAUGUUUGCAGAGCAUUAGUAAUGCUGUUAGAAGUGCGAAUUGACCGACUGAUCCCUCACAUGCAUAGUAUCAUCCAAUAUAUGCUUGAGAGGACUCAGGACAGUGAUGAAAAUGUGGCAUUGGAAGCCUGUGAAUUCUGGCUGACGUUGGCUGAGCAACCCAUCUGCAAAGAGGUGCUAUCUUCACCUCUAGUACAAUUGAUUCCUAUUUUGGUGAAGGGCAUGAAAUAUUCAGAAAUCGACAUCAUAUUGUUGAAGGGUGAUGUGGAGGAGGAUGAAGCCAUCCCAGAUAGCGAACAAGAUAUCAAACCUCGCUUUCAUAAAUCACGCACAGUUACUCUGCAGCACGAAGAGGAGCGGUUGCAGGAUGAGGAAGAUGGAGAGGAUGAGGACGAUGACGAUGACACAUUGUCUGACUGGAAUCUGAGGAAGUGUUCGGCUGCUGCCCUUGAUGUGUUGGCCAAUGUCUUUCGAGAUGAGCUCCUCCCGCAUCUGCUCCCACUACUCAAGGGGCUGCUUUUCCAUCCUGAGUGGGUCAUCAAGGAGUCUGGAAUCCUUGUCCUAGGGGCGAUUGCUGAAGGCUGCAUGCAGGGCAUGGUUCCUUAUCUUCCUGAGCUGAUUCCCCACUUGAUCCAAUGUCUGUCUGACAAAAAGGCCCUGGUGCGUUCCAUUGCUUGCUGGACCCUGAGCCGCUAUGCACAUUGGGUUGUAAGCCAACCCCCAGACAUGUAUCUCAAGCCUCUGAUGACAGAGUUGCUCAAAAGGAUUCUUGACAGUAAUAAAAGAGUGCAGGAGGCUGCUUGCAGUGCUUUUGCCACCCUUGAGGAGGAAGCUUGCACAGAAUUGGUCCCAUAUCUCAGUUUCAUUCUGGAUACUUUGGUUUUUGCUUUUGGAAAAUACCAGCAUAAGAAUUUGCUGAUCCUGUAUGAUGCAAUUGGCACUCUGGCUGAUUCUGUUGGACACCACCUCAACCAGCCGGAAUAUAUCCAAAAGUUAAUGCCUCCACUGAUUCAGAAAUGGAAUGAGCUGAAGGAUGAGGAUAAGGAUCUUUUCCCCCUCCUAGAAUGUUUGUCAUCUGUAGCAACUGCUCUACAAAGUGGCUUCCUACCGUACUGUGAACCGGUCUACCAGCGCUGCGUAACACUGGUGCAGAAAACCUUGGCUCAAGCAAUGAUGUACAGUCAACACCCUGAUCAGUAUGAAGCACCUGAUAAAGACUUCAUGAUAGUUGCUCUUGAUCUGCUCAGUGGUUUAGCUGAAGGUCUUGGAUGUCAUGUUGAGCAGCUUGUGGCCCGUAGCAAUAUAAUGACUCUACUGUUCCAGUGCAUGCAAGAUACUAUGCCAGAGGUUCGACAAAGCUCCUUUGCACUACUGGGAGAUCUUACCAAAGCCUGUUUUAUGCACGUCAAGCCAUGCAUAGCUGAAUUCAUGCCUAUCUUAGGGACCAACCUGAAUCCAGAAUUCAUUUCUGUGUGCAACAAUGCUACUUGGGCAAUUGGAGAAAUAUGCAUGCAAAUGGGGGCUGAAAUGCAGCCAUAUGUCCAGAUGGUGCUGAAUAAUCUUGUGGAGAUCAUCAACAGACCAAAUACCCCUAAAACUCUUCUGGAAAACACAGCCAUCACAAUUGGCCGCUUGGGCUACGUCUGUCCUCAGGAAGUGGCACCAAUGUUGCAGCAGUUUAUCAGACCUUGGUGUACAUCUUUGAGGAACAUUCGUGAUAAUGAAGAGAAGGACUCUGCUUUCCGUGGCAUCUGUAUGAUGAUUGGAGUAAACCCUGGUGGAGUUGUACAAGAUUUUAUUUUCUUCUGUGAUGCUGUUGCUUCAUGGGUGAGUCCAAAGGAUGACCUGAGAGAUAUGUUUUAUAAGAUUCUCCAUGGUUUCAAAGAUCAAGUUGGGGAAGAUAACUGGCAGCAGUUCUCAGAGCAGUUUCCUCCACUUCUGAAAGAGAGGCUUGCUGCAUUCUAUGGUGUUUAGGCGAAGCAGCAAAACC